UUGUGUGUUUUCUUCAGGCGCGUUGACAUCCGUGACGAGGAGCGUCGUGCAGCCGCCCGGACAGCGCGAGUGAUAGCUGUCGCGAACAAGCACGAACGAGCGUGUGUGCGUGCGUGUGUGUAUAUGUGUGUGUGUGUGUAAGCGCGAUUACGCGAUUCCGUCGCACGCGUGCGUGAAUGCGUGUGUAUCUCCCCAUCUUCGUGACUAACGCGAGGGACUACGUUUUCCAACGAGUGCCACGAAAUAUGUCAGAGGCUCCGGAAGCAUGAGUGAGGGAGCGGAUUCGGGGACAGUGCAGAUUAGCGAGGAUUCGUGUAAAUCCACGAAGAAUGACGGCAAACAUGAUGCAACGGCCGCGACGACAACGCCGUCGUCGUCGUCGUCGUCGUCGCUGCCAUCAGCACCACCACCAUCAUCAGCACCGCCGUCGCAGCCGCAGCUAUCGGCAAGAACAAGCACCGGCAGGAGGCCGCGCUUCGGUACCGGUGGUCCACCGCCGUCGCCCUAUAUGUGGAUUGAUGGCCGUCAGCUGCGCAGCGCUCUGGCCUGGACUAAGAAGUCGCUACCGCGACGUGUCAGCUUCCCCUCGAGCGACAAUCAUCUGGUGACAGGCUACUUAGAACCUGCCAACCCCUGGCGACAUGCUGAAAAUGUGAAUCGUGAGGAUUUAAUCUUCGCUUACAAGGAGUCCUGUGCACGUCACAAUACUGAACCUUUACAAAAUGUUUUAGUUCAGUUAGAGAAUCUGGAUAUAACUCAAGAUCGUUACGAAGAGUUGAAUUUAAAAGGAGAAAAAUUGAAUCAGGACAAUUCUGAACCGUUAGAAGAGAUACUGAAGAGAGUGCAAUUUAAGAAAAUUAAUUUAGAAGGAACAUCUCUGAACGAAGAGAGUGCUACAAUAAUAUUUGAUAUGUUGGAAUAUUACGAAUCUGCGAGAUACUUAAAUGUUUCGUCUAAUCCAGAAAUCGGAGUACGUGGCUGGCAAGCGUGCUCGCAUAUGAUUAAGAAGACUCAGUGUUUAGAGCAGCUUGAAGCGAGAGACAUAAUGUUUAACGAACAAAACAUGAACAUUUUAACCCGUGCGUUGCGAUUAGUUAGUCAUCUACAUGUUCUUAAAUUGGAAAAUUGUGGACUAUCGGGAAGAGCAAUCGUUAGCCUUGUUACAGCUCUAAAAAUGAAUAGCGGCAUACGGGAACUAUAUUUAGCCGAUAACGGGCUCAAUUUUCACGAUGCUAUACAGCUUGGAUCUCUCUUGAGAAUGAACAAUCACUUGCAACUGCUCGAUAUUAGUAAUAAUAACGUCCAGGACGACGGUGUGCGUGAUAUAUUAGAAGGUUUGAUCAAUCAAGUGAACGAAGAUAAAACUGGCAAAGGGCUCAGUAUCCUGAUAUUAUGGAAUAAUCGCCUGACCAAGAAAUCAUCAUCCUACCUUUCAAGGAUUCUAGCAUUAUCGAAAACAUUGGAGACUCUGAAUAUCGGUCAGAACAUGCUGACGGAUGAGACAUUGAGCACCGUUAACGAGUCACUGAAGAAGAAUCGUGUUCUUUUGCAAUUGGGCAUGCAAUCAACGGAACUCACAUGCGACGGAAUAAUCACACUCGCUGACAUAAUGGAGACAAAUCAAGUUCUGCAAAGAAUAGAUUUACGAGACAAUACUAUUCAAAUGCGCGGUAUGAAUGCUCUCGUGAACAUUAUGAAAAAAAACAAGACUAUUACGCAAAUCGACUUGGACGAUAAGCCACGAAUAAAGAUAGAUGGCCCUUUACAUGAGUAUACCAGAAUGGUUGCGGAGAUUCGCAGUUGCUGCGGUAGAAACGAAGAGCGUCGCCUGCUGGAGGAGUCAACCGAGGACACGGAGAGUCCACAGAAUGCGAACUCCCGUAAGAUUUCGCUUACCUGUCAGACACUGCCAACUCCACCAUCACGAUCUGCGACGUCGUUGGUCGCUGACGAGCCGACGGCGCGCGCCAUGCUGGAGCCGAAGCGUACUAGCGGAGGCCGUUUACGCUCUCCGGCCCCCAGUCCCAUCCCUUCCCCUGUAGCUAGUCCGAUCCCCAGCCCGUCCCGAAAUCGCUUUGUCGUGUGUCGCGUACCGGAAGCAUCGUUGCGCUCUACCGACUCCUCAGCGUCCUCCUCACCGGUUACCCCACCGUCCCUUGGUUCGUCCCCGUGUUUUUUCCACAACGCUAACAGCGGCUCGUCGCGAUUUCGCGUAUCAGUUGUUGAAUCGACAGGAGGCCGCUCGUCGCCACAGUCGGUCGUUGCUUCCUCCAGAAGCUCAGUCACUAUCGGCUUUAAUGUCACGGUUCAUUCGAACGAUUCCGACAAUGUUGACAGCUCAACCAAUAAAGCGAUCAAAGCUGAUCGCAAUGACACAGCUGUGUCUGUAAACACGUUUAAUGUAGCCUCAAUAACGGAAAAAACAUCAUCAAAUCAGGAUGUUGCAAGGAAUAAAGAUUGUUGCGAAAAAAAGACGAUAAACGAAAAAACGCAAUCGAAUGAACGCGUCGAUGCGACGAUGUUGCCCAGAACAAAUGAGAUCGUGACGUGCGAAAACGAACGUCAUCAAAAAACCGGAGAGAAAGAAGAGAUAUCAGCGCGGAACAACGUUAUCGGGACAUUGCAGUCUGGAGGAGACGUAAACAUUACAGCAAAAUGUGAGAAUUUUCGCAACAAUGUGACUAAUCAGAGCAACGUUACAAAAGAUCUCGGGAGCGUUGCGACGACUGACAAAUCGAUUAAGGAUGAUUGCAUUAAGUAUACGAGUACAAAAGAACUACAGGUACCUGCUUAUCCGAAUAAGGACACAACUUCGACGAAGAUUAUGGUACUCGGGGAUGAGAAUCCGAAAAGCGGGAUAAUAUCGCCCUUAAACAAAGAGUCAGAAUUGUGUCUUGAUCAAAGAACUUCGGGAAAGUUGUCUACUUGUGUUGAGGAAUCUUCUGAAACGAGCACUGCGGAAACGUCUUUGACUCACGCGACAGAGUCACACACGCAAGAACAGGUUAGCACGUCUGUACAGAAACACAAGUCCAAUCUGGAGAAGCUUCUGUCGUUGUUUCAGCAUCCGGGUCAUUUGUUCUCGAACGACGCCGCAGACACGAGAAACUCUUUGCAGGAGAACGUGAGCAGCGUGAUGACGUUGGGUGACAAAUUGCAACAGUAUCUGAAGGAGACUCGGGCCAAAGUCAGUACCGACAAUUCCUCGUGGCAUUCCUCGGAGCACGAAUCUCCGUCGAAGAGUAAAUCAAUGAAACUAAAUGUACAGCAGCUACAGAAUUUUACUGGCAUAUUUACGUCUUUCAAACUCGAACCUCACGCGAAUCUUGUCGAGCAGGGCACCAAGCUUUUCGGUCAGAUCAAGAAUCAAGGGGCGAAUGUAAAAGAGAAGGAUUACGAAAGAUCGACAAAAUUUGACGUCGCUAAAGUGGACGAAAACCUCUUAUUUGAUCAGGAAAAAAAUCAAAUUAUGAGAAACAAUGGCGCGAAUAACAAUGACACGGAAAACAGUCAAAUGACGAAAAAUGACGAGAGUAAUUUGUUCGAUGAGGAGCAAAAUCAGAUUGAGAGAAACGAUGAGACGGAUUUGACCAGCAAAGAGGGGAAUCAGAUUGUCAGAAAUGAUGAAAACAAUUUAGUCGAUCAAAACACCAAUCAAGUUUUGAACAAUGAGAAAAACUUGAUUGAUCAGGCGGGGAUACAGGUUGUGAGAAUUGAUGAGAAGGAUUUGGGAAAUCAGAAGAAGAAACAGACCGACGAGAACGUGAACGAGAGUUUUGAGAUUGAGGAUAAAAAUCGAAUUGUUCAAGAAAUCACUGAAAGUGAAAAUUUAUCGGGUGGGAGGCAAAAUAAGAUUGCAACUGACGACGAGCACGAUUUAAACAAUUGGAAAAUGGUAUCUGAUGCAGAACACAACCGAGAUUCGGAAGAUUGUAGUAAAGAAAUUAGGAUUAGGAAAAAUAACAAAUAUUCCAUAAACACGCAAGAUGUAAACGUUAGUGAGGAUGUAUGUAGCGUAAAUAACUUACAAUGUACACAAUUUAAUCUUAGUAAUCGACCGUUACCUGACAGUGUGCAAUCAAAGGACAAUUUUGCUGAUAAUGUAGUAUUAGACGGCGGCUGUAUCGCGACGAAUGCAGCGUCAUCGUUUAUUAGCGAAGACACUUAUAAGUCCGUUGCGUGUAUAGAUUUAAAGUUAGCGAAUAAAUAUAAAUAUAAACAUUGUGCUUUAGAAUUAAGUAAGACUGAUAAAGCAGGGUGUAAAAACGCAAGGUGUUGCGAAAAUUUUGUUAGUGACGAUGAGGAUAAGGGAGAGCGCAACAUUACGCAGGAUUCGAAAAUGGUAGAGCAUAAUUAUGCCGAACGCUUGAAACGCGAUAACUCAGAGAUUUUAGAUAAUAAUGACAAUGCAAAGUGUUCGGAACGUAACGACACAAUUGGGGAAGCGAAUGUUUUAACGGUGAAAAGGACAUGUGAUACUUCGACGGACAGUAUUAAUCAGACUAGUGAUAGUAGUUUUUUGAUUUAUAAUAUAGCACAUAAUAGAAAAGCUGUAAAUAAUAGCGUAAGUAUUGCUAGCACGUCGAUGUGUGCCACGGCGGAUGACGAUGCCAUGAUUCAAUCUACGCCGGAUAAAAAUGAGACAUCGUCGGUGGACGAUGUCGAGACGUUGUCGACCGCAUUGAAGGAUGUUGAUGUGAACGACCACUUAAGGGAAGAAAUGACCGGUAACACAUGUCGCAUAAUCGAUCAAGAUCAACGAUGCGACUUCACGACGGAGGAGACGAAGGAGGGCCCGGCAGAAAUCCUCGACGAUGCUUGCCGCGAUACCCGUCAUCGUAGAAGUACAAGUGUAAAUAUUAAGAUAGAACCGCACGAGUCUGAAUAUCUGACAAGUUCAGAUAUUCAGGAGACAUCGGAGAGGCACUGCGAGCGGCAACCGAAUAUGCCAAAUAACGUCAAUAUACAUCGAACCAAGGAGGAGAUCGAAACCUAUUCGGAGAACUCAACUGACGACGACAAGCGGAUCGAUCCGACCAUCCUUGUUACGCCGUACGAGGCGUCCGCGACUCUAGACAGAUCUGAUGCUGAGGAACUAAUUUUUUGCAUGACCGACAUAUCCACGGACGGCACGUCCAUGGAGGACGAGCUGUCACCGAGUAUCAUAUCCAGGAAUUCGCCGAAUGACGUCGUUAAAGCGGCAGAAUCGUUCUUCGAACUGCCAGCUUUGAGGACCACAUCAACGGCCACGCUGCUGAUCGAGAAUUCUGAGGACAUACACAGGAAUAGUCAGGAUUCGGGAAUCGAAGAGGCCAUUCUUGCGAUCGUCGAUGCUGUCGAGACGGUGGACGCGCAUCCGUUGCCGCUGCCACGUAGCAGUCUUCAGGAGAGCGUGGACUCCGGAAUCGAAUCGGAGUGUUCGUCGUUAUGCGUCAAGGUGGAGUCAGCUGCCGAACGAACGUCCGAGUCCGUCGCAGUCUCCAAGAAAAUCUCGCGCGACUACAAUAUCGCUCGUGAUCGAGACGACGAUGAUGCGGGAGACGACGGCGACGAUGACGACGACGACGACGACGACGACGACGACGAUGAGGACAACGACGAUGGUGGUGAUGACAACGAUGUCAACGACGAAUUCGAGGAAUUCACAUCAGAUUUUCUCGCGAGAGAGACACGAUUGGUAGAUAAUGACAACGUGAACGACGACAUUGCACACUCGUAUCUCAACAGUAUCAAGUAUACAGUCGUCAACGCGGCGAGGUCCAUCGCUGAAAGUGCACCGUUAGGAGUCGCAGCCACCGUUGACAAAGACAACGUCGCUCAUUCGGCAACAUCGGUGGUCGCGCAUUCUCCUACAAUCGUGCACGACACCAGUCCAAAAUAAUAAAAUGGAAAUGAGAAAAAAGGAGGAUAACAGCAGCAAAGAGAAUGUGCUAAAUGCAACGGAAUAUGACGAUGACGAAAUCGACGAAUUUGAAGAGGUGAUGAAGCAGCUCGAGCCAAAAUAUCGACGGUAUGCCAACUGGCGAAUCUGAAUACUACGCAAAAUUGUUUAUCAUUAAUUUGGAAGGUAAUACAAAACAAACACAUGUUUGACUUCAAGGCUAUAGGCUCGUUUACAUCAAGUCUAUAGAUAGCGACAAUUGUAUAUUGUAUUUUUCAUAGCCGUGUAUGUAAAUUCUUGAUUCUUUAAAUAAUUUGUGAGCGAUAUUAAGGAUCCUCGCUUUGUGAGUUCUAUCGUUUUAUAUUUUUGAAAUCAAACAUUUUUUUGUAUAGAACUCUGUUUUUCUUUUUUUUUCAAAAAUUUAUAGAUCUUUCGAGCUGUAAGAUGAGACAAUGUAAACAAAACACAUUUUGACGUGGUUUUUAACGACUCCCUGGUAGAGGAAAGUACGCAUAUAUACAUAUAAUAUAUAAUUAGUAAUUAUUGUAAACUUAAUUUUUAAAUCGUAAUAGAUAAAAAUAGUGUCUUAUAUAUUAGUUAGAUUUUGUCGGCCAUUUUUUUAUUUUUCGGAAAGAGGAAAGGAAUAAUAAAGCUGCCGGGAAGCAGGGAAAGAUAAAAAAUGUAUAGCAGACGAUCGAUUCUAGUCUCGAAGACAGUCGAUCUGUCAAGAAAAACUGUAAACUUAAUAUGCAACACUGUCUCUCGCCGCGCUAUGAAACACACUGGCAGUGAUCAAUAAUGCCAGUGCUUCUUAAACUUACAAGACGAGACAUCAAAGAAUGGAAUUUGUAGUUUGUUUUGCGUGUGUGUGUGUGUAUGUGUGCGCGUGUGUUUGUUUGUUCGUCGUGUAUACGCCUCGAAUUUCUAGACAAACUUUUUUUUUUUUUGCGAAAAAAAAACUUUUAUU